ACUUCCACAUUCUAAGGACCAAAUAUCAUCGAUCCCUUAGCUUUCAAUAUAAUCUCUAGUCUCUUAUUGUGAGGGCCUUAGAUUGGAUCCCAAUGAAUUUGUCUUCUCUUAUUCGCAUUCUCUUGCCGCUGCUGAUGAUAUGCAACAGUCAUUAUAUUGCCUCUUUCGUCUACGCUACGACUCCUAACGGACUACUCCCAAAUGGAAACUUUGAAGAGGGACCAAAACCAUCAAACAUAAAGAAAACAGUAAUCAUAGGCAAAUACUCUCUUCCCAAAUGGGAAAUCAAUGGUUUAGUUGAGUACAUAUCCGGCGGGCCGCAGCCCGGCGGAUUUUACUUCAACGUGCCAAGAGAUGUUCAUGCUAUAAGGCUAGGAAAUGAAGCAUCCAUUUCACAAGAAUUAGAACUAAACAAAGAUUCAUUUUACUCUAUCACAUUCAGCACAACUAGAACUUGUGCUCAAGAUGAGGUCAUUAGGGUUGCUGCAUCAGGGUCAUCAGUAGAUCUUCCUGUUCAAACAUUGUAUAAUAGUGAUGGAGGUGAUACUUAUGCUUGGGCUUUUAAGGCCACUUCUGAAAUUGUUAAAAUUACUUUAAAGAACCCUGGUGUUGAAGAAGAUCCUUCUUGUGGGCCACUCUUGGAUGCUGUUGCUAUCAAGGAGAUUUUUUUACCACGCUACACCCAAGGAAACCUAGUAAAAAACGGAGACUUCGAAACAGGUCCAUACGUGUUUGAAAAAUACUCAGGAGGAGUACUCCUUCCUCCACACCCCCACGAUUUAGUUUCUCCUCUUCCUGGUUGGAUCAUUGAAUCAUUAAAACCUGUUAAAUACAUCGAUUCCAAGCACAAUUUUGUACCUUCCGGAUCCUUUGCUAUUGAACUAGUUGGAGGAAGAGAAAGUGCUAUAGCUCAAAUUAUCUAUACCAAACCUAACAAAUCUUAUCUCUUAACAUUCAAAGUUGGAGAUGCUAAAAAUGGAUGCCAUGGUUCAAUGGUAGUAGAAGCUUUUGCUGCUAAAAAAACUGUUAAAGUUCAUUUUAACUCUCAAGGGAAAGGUGGGUUUAUUAUGGGAAGUCUUAAGUUCCAAGCUGAGUCUGAUAGAACAAGGUUAACUUUUUGGAGUGCGUUUUAUCAUACUAGAGUUAAUGAUUUUAGUUUUAUGUGUGGGCCUGUUUUGGAUGAUGUUAAGGUUGUUAGUAUCUAGUUAUUUUAAUUUUUGAUUUACAAAUUUUUAAAUGAGACGAUUUUAUAGUGAGAUUAU